UACAUUCAUCAAUAUCAGUACAACACAAAGUAGAUCGGUUGCUCCCAAAAUUUAGAACAUUUUCAAAUUUCUACAAUGGGUAAACCUAAGAUAGAGUAUACAUAUAUUCAUCAAAAUGGUUUCUUUAAACUUCAUCUAGGGAAACCGCUCGCCCCUUUGGAAGAUGUAAAGAGGGAAAUUAUGGGGGACAUAGAGGAUUCUUCUUUACCAUGUCCACCUUGCAUAACCCUUUUUUGGAAAGACGAAGGCGGAGAUAAAAUAUCUAUUGAAAACCAGCAUGAUUACGAUAGAUUUAUUCAAGACCGCGAACAAAGUGAUUAUCUUAUAGUUGUUCCUCAAAAAAUAGGAUCUUCCGACAAUGUUCAAAAUGAUUUUAAAAUGCAUGGAAAUGCCACCGAUACCAUCGUUUCAAAGCCUAAUAUAAUUUUAGACACCAUAAAUUCCAUCAAAAAUGCAGAAAACGAUAUGCAAAUAACCAGUUCCAUGGUCAAUUUGGGCGCCCACUCCCUACUAUUCGUUCGCGAUGCAAUGAAUGCAUUUUACUCGGAUUAAGGUGGUAAUUUCAAAAGCAGUGUUGCAACAACAAUUUUAAUAUACAGAAUCAUUUAUACUAGAAUCAUAUCCUACAUAAAAUACAAAGUUUAGAACAAUGGCAAUUAAAUAACAAGUGUAUUAAUGGACAAUACUUUCAGCCAUAUUCACAAAAAUAAGAUUGUAUAAUGGGUUUAAAAUCUCUGUUAACUAUGACUCCUUUUUUGCUUAAUAAACUACUAUGAGAAACAAAGGUAUAGUAAAAA